AUGAUCUAUCUAUCUAUCUAUCUAUCUAUCUAUUUAUCUAUCUAUCUAUCUAUCUAUCUAUCUAUCUAUCUAUCACUUCAUGAUCUAUCUAUCUAUCUAUCUCUUCAUGAUCUAUCUAUCUAUCUAUCUAUCUAUCUAUCUAUCUAUCUAUCUAUCUCAUGUAUUUCGAUCUGUGUACCAUUCUUUGAAUUUCAUCUAUCUAUCUAUCUAUCUAUCUAUCUAUCUAUCUAUCUAUUUCAAUCUUUUCAUCAUUUAAUCUACGGAAAUAGACCUCUAUCUAUGUAUUAUAGUCUCUUCGUAUCUAUUUAUCUAUCUAUCCAGUUAUUACAGUAUCUAUCUAUCUAUCUAUCUAUCUAUCUAUCUAUCUAUCUAUCUAUCUAUCUAUUACAGUAUCUUCGUAUCUACAUAUCUAUAUAUCUAUAUCAUUUUUUCACAUCAGUCUUCGUAUCUAUUUAUCUAUCCAUUUAUAACACUAUCUAUCUAUCUAUCUAUCUAUCUAUCUAUCUAUCUAUCUAUCUAUCUAUCUGUAUGUCUGCUUUUGUAUCUAUCUAUUACAGUAUCUUCUAUCUCUAUCUAUCUAUCUAUCUAUCUAUCUAUCUAUUACAGUAUAUUCGUAUCUAUGUAUCUAUCUCAUUUUGUUCAUAUCAGUCUAAAUAUAAUAGCCUCUUCGUAUCUAUCUAUCUAUCUAUCUAUUAUAGUGAUUUCGAAUCAAUCUAUCUAUCUAUCUAUCUAUCUAUCUAUCUAUCUAUCUAUCUAUCUAUCUAUCUAUUUGUCUCUCUGUUUGUCAGUCUGUUUGUCUGUUUGUGUCUGUGUGUAACUGGAUUAUGA